AUCCAGAGACUCGCGAAAAGAAUACCCUCAACAACUAAAGUAUGUCCGAGUCCGACUCCGAACCCGAUGACAACUUUGUGACACCCCACGGUUCACCAAGCAACUGGCAACCGGAUUUGCCUCCCAUUGUCUUGGACAAUGCAGCGUCUGACGAAAGCCUCGACGUCUUUGCAGACUGGGAUCAUCCAAAGCAAAGCAACCAGAAUCGGAGAGGAUCGUAUUCAGCUAAUGACUUACGAAGGAAAACAGAGAAAGAGAACGCCACGCCGAAACAUCGACUGGGUUCCAUUGAUAUCUGUAAGAGCAAUUUAAUGUCUGUCCCGCCGUGUACCAGUAGGUCAGUGUCUUUAGAUGAUGGAGUGAAGAAUCAGAUAUCGGAGACAUACGAUGUGGACUGGAGCGGAGCCACCAGGCAAAGGGGUGUGGUCCUCGUGUCAGACGGACAAAAGGAAGGUGAAGUCAUCCAGCAGCUGGACGUAAUGGGGCUCAACGAAGACAUGAUUCAUAAAGACUUCCUACGUCAUAACUACGAUGGCAUCAGACCCCAUUCUCCCGUGGUAAUUCAUUCUGCAACCAACGUCAUUCAAGACUCAUUGGUUUAUUUAAACCAACCAGAGAAAGAAGAGCCAGCAUCAAAUUCAAGGGAAGGAAAAUUCUCCUCGCUUUUAAGUGUAUUCAAACAAGAGGACAAAGUUUUUGUGGAAACGUGCGCCUUUCAGGAGGCCGAGGAAAUACUAGAAAAUUACUUCCGGGUCAUGUUAACAGGUCGACCAGGUGAUGGAAAGUCAGCGAUAGCUAAGCAUAUCAUAGUAAAGAAAUGUAGACAAGGCUUCCGUUUUGUUCUUUUGAAUGGAUCGACAGAUUUCGACUCAGUUAAGUUUGAUGAAAAAAUACUUUUGUUCUUCGAUGAUAUUUUUGGAGUGACUGUCUUUGACCGAUCUCGAACUGAGGAUAUUCAGAGAAUUUUGUGGCAGCUAGACAAUAUUCUCAUGGAUAAAUGCGGUGACGUAUUGAUGAUCAUGACAUCACGUGCACACAUUCUCCAAGAAGCUAUGAAGGUUUUAAAGAACCCCGACUUUGUCUCUAAAGUAACCACCGAUCUCGCAGAUCAUUUGAAUGACAGAGAAAAAAUGCAAAUAAUGCGAAAACAUUUCCAGUUUUUGAACUUAAAGAGAGAAGAGUCAUUUUUUGAACAAGCGAUUGUAUUAUCUCCAAACCAUGGCUUUCCGCAUUGUGUUCAAAUGUUUGCUCAAUCUCCAGCACUGAGAAAAAGAGGAGUAGACUUUUUUAGAUCGCCUAUAGAAUACUUAAUGCAGAACUUGAACGUAAUGAAGAUAGCGAAACCACUGGAAUUUGCAGUGCUAGUCUAUAUUGCAUUGAGAGAUGGCAAAAUAAAUAGAUAUGCAAGAAAAUUUCCUAAUCAAGAUGGAUUAAGAAUGGAAUUCAUCAGGAAGAUGGUUGGUGUAGAAUUGGAUCUCGACCUUGCCCAUCUCUUGUCUUGUAAAUCUGAAGAGCUGAGUUUGUUCCUAUCAGACAGUGAUAACAGUAGGAUCUUUCGUCAUCCUAGUAUUCAAGAUGCUGUGACGUUCAUGAUGGGUGAAGAGUCUACAUCUGAUAUCAUCGACGUUUGUUCGUUUGAUUUCAUUUCUGCUAGAAUUAGAACAUCUCAGUAUAAAUGCCAGAACAAUGAAAAAAUCAUAUCAGUCCAGCGUCAACACUUUCCAAUUAUUGCUCAAAGACUAGUGGAAGAAAUAAAGCAUGGCAAUAUUCGAGAUGUGUGUUUCCAUCAAGCAAUGACUGAUCAAGAAUUUGUCUCCGUCAUUUGCAAAGGAUCCACUUUAGGUAAAAGUUUUAAGGGAACAAGAGCUCAAGCUGAAGCAGAUCUGCUGUCAUAUGUUCAGUUUGACACUAUACACAAAUUCUUUGGGUCUCUUUUGUAUUGGUCCUCUGUGGCUAACACCACGUAUCUUACUCAAACUCUCCUUCAGAUGGAUGGAAUGCAGUUGUUACUUGAAGAGGAAAGAGAUUGGAUGCAAAAGCAACUGAGAGAGUGUUUCAUUUUCACAAUUCUCCACGGAACAGACGUUGUCUUGGCUCGGCAUAUAGGAAGAUUGGUUGAUGACAAAGUUUCUCAAGGCACAACAGUAUUUACUCAAGAUAUUCUAAACAUCUUAAAAGAACCAUUGUAUUCACAGAUCUUCUCUGAAGUGUCUUUAAAACUGUCACCACUACAAGCGGCUACAUUAAGCAUUGGAUCAGCAGCUUUGGACAUCGUGAAAUACCUUUUGCCAUUUGUAAAACAGGCUGAUAUUCUUAAGUCAUCUAUUUCAAUGGCUAUGAAAUUGCAAAGACAAGACAUAGUUGAAGCAUUUUUGAUACUGACGAAUUUAAGUCUUGACCGAGAAGAUAUUCUUUGUGCUUUAAAAAACGGUGACUUUACAUUUGUUAAAGAAUACGCCAAUGCUGACGUCCUUUGCUUAUCAUUGAAAUCCUUAAAUGAGGAAGAUAUUAGGGCAAUUUUCGAACAAAUCGAUUCACCAGUUUUCCUAGAAAUCGUCUCACAUUUAGAACAAAAAGAACUCGAACAAAUCUAUCGCAGAGGUCUACCUUACGUUAAGAGUGUGGAAGUUGCUUCAAAACUGACACAAAAUUUAACCACUGUGGAUAUCUCUGAAUUAUCUCUAGAUAUUUUUCAGAAUACUUUGAAUAAAGAUGUACUAGAGUUUCUCAUAGCUCAAGGAGCUAAUGUUAAUAUUAGCGAUACGGAAGGUCUGACUGCCCUAUUCCUUGUAAACGACCAUGCUAUCCUCACGAAACUACUAGAAAAUGGCGCAUCGGUUAAUUCUAGAGAGAGCAUAUCCAACAGAAAUCCUUUAAUGCACCAUGGAAUAAAUGGCACUCUUUCUUGUUCACUCUUUGAAACAUUUUUGAAAUAUGGAAUUUCAAUGAAAGAAACUUGCAGCAAAGGCCAAAAUUUACUCAUGCAGAUUGUUAGUUCUUGGAAUGUUAGAAAACACAAGGAAGUAAGGAAAGACGAACAACAGUUGCUGAAGAUGAUUAUUAGGGAAACCAUAGACUUCAGUUUAUGUGAUAAACAAGGUAACAAUGUGCUACAUAUAUGUAUGUUAGCGAAUGUGCCUAUGUCUGUCUUUGAGCUUAUCCUAGAGAAGAAAUGUGAAAUAAAUACAAAAAAUAUGGCGGGUUUUGCGCCAAUUCAUCUUGCUGUUAGCUUUGUGUAUACUAAAUCAAAGAAAAAGCAAUGGAGACCUAUAAUGCUAGAACAUCUACAAUAUCUGCUCCGCUCAGGCGCGGGUGUCAACGCACAAAAUAAAGAUGGUGACACGAUCCUGCAUUUGGUGAUGAAAAGCUUCGUUGACAGGCUUAAUUACUAUGACGAAAAGUUAACGUCUUACGAGAAACUGAACGAAGAAAGCAAGUUUACACUGAUGAAUAGUGCAUUAGAUCUUCUUUUGUUAUACAACAUAGAUUUAAACAAACGUAAUGAAGAGAGGUGCACAGCGUUCAAUUUGCUUUCAAAGACACGCUCGAGACGAUGUUUACAGAUAGUUGAAAAAUUUUUGCACCACAAAGCAGCAUUCGGAAUGUCGGAAUUCUUAACAAUUUUGACUAUAUGUUCAAAACAUGAAAAUAGUAAUCAUUCAUGGAGUGUGAUGCAAGCAUUGAGAGAAUUUGCUUUCUUGCGUUGGAAAGACCUGUUUGCCAGUAGCCAAUGCGCACGUUGUGAGGAAUAUUCAUGUUUCGUAAAACUGAUUGAGAACCAUGAGGCUACUGACCAGACAGUACUGGGGACUCUUAAAUCUGUUUCCAGUCUUCAAGUAAACACAAAGGAAAGAAUCCUGAAGACAGUCGUUGCUGUUUUAAGUGAUACUCAACAGGAAGGGUUAAAAUUAGUUUGUUCUUCCUUAGAUCAUUGGUGUAAAUCUUUGGAUAAGUCGGAAUUUGUAUCAGCCCUUUUCUUUGGAAUACUGGCACAUGUCCUUCACUUCUUUAAUUAUCGACAAAGUUCUAUUAUAAGAUUUCGUGAUGUGGCUUCGAUGAUAAGUCAAGACAUAGAUGUUUUGAUCCUUAUGUUAAACCAUCAUUCUGAGGUGACCGGAAAUAGACAAUUGAAUUUGUUGAUGAACUACCUGGAAUCUGAUAUGGAUGAUGAUACAAUUAUAAAUUCCGUCAUACCAGUGCUUCUACCAGUUAACUUUGACAUGGACACAGAAAUUAAUGGUACAACACUUUUGAUUGGCGCCUUGAAAUCCUCUGUCUCUCGUCAAAAAUUGUUGCAGUUCCUAUGUGAUAAAGGAGCAGACGUCAACAAAUGGAUUGGAGCAAAUAAGAAACAGUCUCCACUUUUAACUGUUUUGAUCAACGAUAAUAAAAAGGUACAGAAGACAUUGAGCUACGACAAUCUGUAUAAACGAUUUACGUUUAUAACCUCAGACAAGGAAAUCUGUGGAUCCACGCAGCUUCGACUACUAUUGCGAAAUGGAUUGAACCUUCGAAAGGAACAUACCUUGUUUAAAUAUGUGCGUAUAGAAGAUUGUUGUUUGAAGUCACUUGAACUUUUGAUGAGUAGCGGUGUAGCUGCAGAUGAGGCAGACGAUACCGGACAGACAUUGUUGCACAAAUUAUGUUCACCAUCAAAUCUCUCGGAGACGGUAAAGAAACCUUUUAACAGGUUGGAUAUCUUGCGGUUACUUUUGUCAUUUGAUUGUGAUUUGAAUAGGCAGGACAAAGAUGGCAACACUCCCGCACAUCUUUUGUCGAUGAGAAGGCACCAAAACGGCUUAGAAGAGAUAAUCUCAAAAGGAAUAGACAUAAACUUGCAAAACAGAAAAGGUGAGACCUGUCUACAUCUAUCCGCUGAUAAUGCUGCGAGUGUGCAGUGUUUAAUUCAGUAUGGCUGUGAUGUAAACCUAACCACCAACGAAGGCUGUAACGCUCUACACUCCUUCUUCUCUCUGUCAUCGGAAAGUAAAAAACCUAAAAGGGGAUUGACUCUUGCAAUAGAGAAAAGGUUUCAAGAUAUUCAAGGUCUCAGAGUGAUCAGUUUGUUGUUGGAUGCUGGGAUUGAUAUAAAUGCGCGGGAGAACCGUGGCAUGACCGUGUGCCAUAUGACAGCAUACUUCUUCGAUGCAAAAUGGAUAAAUGAAAUAUUUAGACUUCUUAUACGCAAUGGGGCAAAUGUAUUAUUACACGAUAAUGAAGGGAAAAGUCCAAUCCAUUACGUCCUUUGUCGCAUGCAAAAAUCUAACCAGGAUGUGGUAAAAUUGUUGAUGCCCGCCCUGAAAACCCUGAUCCGCCACGACUCUAAGUCUUUGGAAGAACACAGAAUAAGGAGCCUUGCCGAGCCUGACAAGAGUCCCGAAUUAUCGGACCUAUUUGAUGAUUCAUAAAUACGAAGAGAGGUUUUCAUCUUUAAUUGCUAAAUUAAUUUUUUUGCUAGAUUGUAUCAUCAGGCCCUGUUCAGGAUAAUUUUAAUAACAUUCAUGUAUUGUACAUGUAUAUGCUUCAUAUGAAAGACAAACUUCGUUUGUGUUUCUUUUUUGCUGUUUUUGGUGCUAAAUAUAUGGAUUUCUGUGGCUCGCCACUUUGAAAAAUUUGAUAAGUAUGCUACAUUCUAAUAAUCGAAGAUUAUAGUUAAUACGGGUAUAUACAUGUACAAUAGUUAUCGAUGUACGUAAUCUUAAUGUAACAUGCUAUAACCUAUAGCAAAAGUUUUGAACAGUUGGUGCUAGGUUUUUCAUACUUCAUAUAUGUAAUCCUUGUGACAAGACCUUCGUUUGGAUACCAACAGUUGUAAUCCAUUAACCUUGACCUUGGAGUUUGACCUACUUUUGAAAAACUUAAACCUUGGUCAUAACUUUUGAACGAUUGGUGCUUCAGUUUUCUUAUUUCACCGGUAUAUUUCUUGUGAGAAGGCCUUUCCUUAGGCACCAUUAAUUUUGACCAUUUGACCUUGAUGUUUGACUUACUUUUGUAAAACUUUAACCUUUUCUAUAUCUAUUCAAUGGUUGCUGCUAGGGCUUUCAUAUUUCACAGGUAUAUUCCUCGAGACAAGACCUUACUUUGGAUACCAUAUGCAUUUGAGAAAGUUUAACCUUUGCUAUAAGUUGCCAUAAGGGGCAUCAGUGUUUCACAAACACAUCUUGUUUCAUUUUUUUUUUGUUUUGAACAUACUUUAUUGACAAUCAAAAUGAACAGAAACAAUUUCUUUCAACUUACUAGGUUCUCUUCUUCAUAUAAAACAUAUUAAUUGUCAUGCAAAAUGAUAUCACAAAACAUACAAAAAUAAUAUAGUUGUUAUUAUAGCUAUUUAAACCUACAGGAUUUCAAGUAUGAACUUAUGAACAGCGACAAAAAUGCCAUUGUUUAACUCAAAUGAUAGGUUUUCAUUGCCCCAGAAUAUACAGAUAAUAGUAUACAGAAUAGUGUACAUCUUUGGUGAACGGUUGGUGCUAGGGCUUUCAUAUUUCACAUGUGUAUUUCUUGUGAGUAGGCCUUUCCUUGGGCACCAUUAAUUUUGAUCAUUUGACCUUGACCUUGAUGUUUGACUUCCUUUUGAAAAACUUCAACCUUCUCCAUAUCUAUUAAAUGGUUGCUGUUGGGGCUUUCAUAUUUCACAGGUAUAUUCCUCGAGACAAGAACUUACUUUGGGUACCACCAUACAUUGUAUUUGAUUUGCAUUUUAAAAAGUUUAAUCUUCGCUAUAAGUUGCCAUACGGGGGUACCAGUGUUUCAAAAACACAUCUUGUUUCCGUUAGAAAUACAUGCCUAUGGUCUAACUAUUGCAGUCCUUUUUGAAGGAAACAAAAUAGAAGUAUUAUGAUUGUUUACUGGAAAAAUAUCAAUGCGCGGUGGGUUUUUUUGUACGCACGCAAUACUUCCGCUUUCUCCGCGUAAACGUGGUGGACAUCUUAUUUAUUCAGCAUGGUGUGUAUAAUGAUUCAUUGUGAUAUAUUUUUAUGAUAGUGUUUACUGAUAAAUUGUUGUAAAUUAAAAAAAAGGAA